AUGGAACGCGCAAUCACACUUUUUGCCAGGGAGGGCUUUCUUUUAAGUCACAUCGAAAUCAACAGCCGAGGAAAGGCUUCCAAGGCCCCCCAGAAGCACAACAAAUCAACGGGUAAUGAGAGUAGCGCUCUUUUGGCUUUUUCUGAUGCCAAUUGGGGUGCACCCACUAAGUCGUACAUUAAAUCCAUCACCCGCGCAGGAGACUUGGUCAUUAGCAAGAUGUGGGAGAGAGCUCAGAACCUCACCGCGAAGACGCAUGGUGUGCGAAGGGAUCUGGACGAGGAAUCAGAGGAUGAGCACGCCCUCAUCUGCUAG